ACGUACGAUAGGGAAUGUCAAAAUAUCCCUUUCAAUAGGCUAACAAGCAGUUUACCCCCAUUGGCUCAUUGUUAAAUCUUUCCGAACUCUUCAUUAAUUAUUGAUCAAGUCAAUUACUCAGAACGCGCAUAUCUGAACAUUUGUGCGGUCGUCUUGCAAAACUUAUAAGAUAUACUGAAAGAAGUUCAAGAACCGCAAUGGUUCUUGACACAAGUGGAUAACUACAAUAGAUAAUUCUUUAUAACCAUGGAACGACACCGAUCUGUUAAUAAUCUUGACUGUUGGCUCCCAGCUGCACGCGCUGGACUGGUAGCAAUGACACCUUUAAUGAACAAACAGUUUUCAGGCGCUAUUCGUCAACCGCUCUUAAACCAAAAUGAUCGCAGAAUCAUUAUCAACGUCAGCGGAAGAAAGUUUGAAACUUGGGAAAAAACACUGCAGAAAUAUCCCCAAACACUUUUGGGAAGUUUAGACCUGGAUUCGUUCUACGACAAGGAAAAGAAAGAAUAUUUCUUCGAUCGAGAUCCCAUUUUCUUUCGGCAUGUUCUAAACUUUUACCGGAAGGGAAAAUUGCAUUUUUCCCUGGACGAAUGUGGCAUUUCUUACAAGGACGAACUAAAAUUCUUUCGUAUAUCUCAGGAUAGAAUGGAAUUAUGUUGCUUUGAAGAAAUGGACGAAGCAAGUCGAAGGGGCGUACCGAAAGAGCCAGAAAAGACUGGAGUAGCGAAAUGUCAGUGCAAGCCUGCAAAACGAUCGCCAAAGGAACUUAUCUGGGACUUGUUUGAAAACCCUCACAGCACUUUACUAGGCAAGACUAUUAACAUUACAGUUGGAAUUGCUAUAGUAGUAAGUAUAAUGACAACAGUCGUCGAAACAGUUCCUUGUGGAAAUAACCUAACCUGCGGCCAAACAUACAAACGCACCUUUUUCAAUAUCGAUGCAACAUGCGUGUUUAUCUUUACGCUGGAGUACUUGGUACGUCUUUUCGUAGCACCAGAAAAGAUGAAAUUUAUCAAGAAUUUUCAUAACAUAAUCGAUGUAGCAUCAAUUCUGCCUUUUUAUUUGAGACUCUUUCUCCAGUCAUCAGGUGGAAAAUCAGAACAAUUAGUGGUCUUAAGAGUUUUACGAGUUCUUCGAGUGGUGAAAAUGGCUCGGCACUCAAAGCGCUUGCGAACUCUUGGCGGAUCAAUCAAAAACUCUUCUUCAGAAUUAGGUUUUAUAUUGUUUUCCUUUUCAUUGGGAGUCAUUAUUUUUGCGACAGUAAUUUAUUACUGCGAGAAAGACGAACCGAAGACGACGUUUCUUAGCAUACCUGAUAGCAUGUGGUAUGCUAUUGUCACCAUGACUACGCUGGGUUACGGUGACAUGACCCCUGAAACCACCAUGGGACAGCUGAUGGGCAGUAUAUGCUGUGUUGUUGGAACUCUGGUUAUUGCACUGCCUGUUCCCAUCUUAGAAAUGAAAAUGAAGCUUAUUGGGCAGAACAAUAAUCCCGAAGAUGAAGAUGAAGACGGUGAAGGUCCAGACAACGAGCAUGUAUGUAAUUCAGCCUAACAGAUCAACAAAAUGAACUUGUGGAAUUAAGUCAUGGAUGCUCGAUACCUUCAAGAAUGUCUUAUAAAUAGUUAAUACUAUUAUCAAACUACAUGAUGGUCGAGUGGGAUUAAACCAAUCAAGUAAACAUUUUCUCAUCUUGAUAAAACAUUGAAUAGAUACGUUUAUAGACCUUUUGGUUUAAGAAUGGUUAGUGUCCAGAAACAUGCGGCACAAUUUACCGUCCCUAAAGCCGGUUUCGACUCAGCUAGCAUUCGUGAGAAAACUGUUUUUGUAAAUCAUUCUGAAAUUAAUUUCACCAUGUAUCCCCAGGCACUGACCCAUAGCAUCAAACUCAGUUGAAGUGACUGUUGUAUUUAAUCCGCGCCCAUUAUAUUUCAUAGAACAGACAUCACCGCAUAUCUCAGCGUGAGAAACUUGCGGUACAGGCGAACCGUGACCGUACCACGCACAACCCAUCUUUUUGUUUACGGCAUCAAAUGCAGAGUUAUGCAUUCCCUAGGACCUCACAUCUAUCACCCCUACCGAAGCUACCGCGCACCUUACCGUGGGUAGAAAACGAAUACACUUUGAACGGUGCUGGAUGUGUUUUCCACGAUUAGCUUAUCUAAACCCUUUCUAGCUGACUAAGUUAAUCAAUAUAUACAAGUCUGAUAUUUUCGCUAUAGCAAAACUAUUUCCAUACACAACAUUGCACUCAAGCCAUUACGGGUUUGAGCUGGCAAACUGGAUCGAGUUGCCAAUGCAUUGUAUUGUGGUAUUGCUUUAAGGGACAUUUUUCCAACUGGACCCAGUUUAAUUCCCCCAAACGCAGACUGGCUAUUUUAGUACUAAAUACCAAUGGGGAAAUAAUAGAACAUUGAACUAGAGUGGUUUUCAAAAACCCGUGAAACAAAGUGUAAUAGCUAAGGUUUAAUAAAUUGUAAUACACCAAAAACACAAAAGAAAAUCAAAAGAAAAUGUGGACAAUAAAGUGUAUUAAAGUGUAAUACGCUAAAGUGUAUUUCACGGGUUUUUGAAAACCACUCUAUUUUGUAAUAUUUAACGGUAUAUAAACUUAGUACUCUUUCACAGAGUUAAAAGUGCAAGCACUCUAACAAUACAUUACUCCUAGCUCCACUAAAAAGAUAAACUGAAGAUUAUAUCUACUUAUUUUUCACAUGGCUAAGUUGGCAUUGGUUUUGGUUUUCAGGGGUGUGGGUGUCUCUAAUUCGAGAUAAUUCGCUGAUGGGAACCUAAUUCACACGCUUAGUGUACUUGGUGAUACAGUCACCAAAUAAACCAAGGAAGAGUUUCAGUACAUUUGUACACUUCUCUAAUCUCAUAAACAGUAAAUGUGCAGUGGCCGAUCCGGGAAGGGGGAGUCCCUAGUUGCAUCUCCAACCGCCCACAAGUCUUGGUUUUUGUCUUCUUCUAUAGUUUUACUUUUCGUUUUCGAGGGCCAUAAGUUCAAUAACCGAGAGCAAGAGAAUAUUAAGCUUAUAUUUCAGUCCUAACGCUUUUCGCCUUCGACUUUUUUUGAAAUAGGUGUAUAUCUCAAAAACCUCCUCAUCACGAUCAGAAAUAACGCCCUAUCAUCGCAUGCGAGAAACAGACGUGACACACCCGUGUGAAUGACGUCAGAAUUUUCAAAAGCCUCCGUUUUCGAAUGUCUCCACUCAGGAAGUAUAGUCUUCUUUGCAGGCGUCCUUAGUGUCGGUCCCCAAACUCCCGACACAAAAACGGCUGCAAAGAAAGACUACACAGGAAGGCGUUUUCAAAUGCACGAGUUUUCAAUCGAUUAUUGUGGGCCCAAAGCCAAGACGCAUUGGAAAGCAUGUGCUUUUCAAACAAAUCUAGUGCAUGCGGCCGGACGGGUCCUCAGUUUCAGCAGGGUACGUAGGGAGGGUAAAGCCUACGCGUCAACACUAUGUCAUUAACAACAACAACAAUAGUAUCUUUUAUUUACAAUGUUUACGUGUUAAAUCAUUGACAAAAUAUAACCCAUUGACCAUCAGUAUGUAUGUACUUACAAAAUACAAGUGGUCAAUACCGAGUAAAUGUU